GAGACGGUCACAGUCGACAUGGGCUGUUUCUGCGCUGUUCCGGAAGAAUUUUACUGCGAAGUUUUGCUCUUGGAUGAAUCCAAGUUAACUCUCACCACCCAGCAGCAGGGCAUCAAGAAGUCAACAAAAGGUUCCAUUGUCUUGGACCAUGUCUUCCGUCACAUAAACCUUGUGGAGAUAGAUUAUUUUGGACUGCGUUAUUGUGACAGAAGCCAUCAGACGUAUUGGCUGGAUCCUGCAAAAACCCUUGCCGAACACAAAGAACUGAUCAACACUGGACCUCCAUAUACUUUGUAUUUUGGUAUUAAGUUCUAUGCUGAAGAUCCAUGUAAACUGAAAGAAGAAAUAACCAGAUAUCAGUUUUUCUUGCAGGUGAAACAAGAUGUGCUUCAGGGCCGGCUGCCCUGCCCCGUCAACAUUGCUGCUCAGCUGGGAGCCUACGCCAUCCAGUCUGAACUUGGAGAUUAUGACCCAUACAAGCAUACUGCAGGAUAUGUGUCAGAGUACCGGUUUGUUCCUGAUCAGAAGGAAGAACUUGAAGAAGCCAUAGAAAGGAUUCAUAAAACUCUAAUGGGUCAGGCUCCUUCUGAAGCUGAACUGAAUUACUUGAGGACAGCCAAAUCCCUGGAGAUGUAUGGUGUUGACCUCCAUCCUGUCUAUGGAGAAAACAAGUCUGAGUAUUUCUUAGGAUUAACUCCUGUUGGUGUUGUUGUCUACAAGAAUAAAAAGCAAGUGGGGAAGUACUUCUGGCCUCGGAUUACAAAGGUUCACUUCAAGGAGACUCAGUUUGAACUCAGAGUGUUGGGGAAAGAUUGCAAUGAAACCUCAUUCUUUUUUGAAGCUCGAAGUAAAACCGCUUGCAAGCAUCUCUGGAAGUGCAGUGUAGAACAUCAUACAUUUUUUAGAAUGCCAGAAACAGAAUCAAAUUCAUUGUCAAGAAAACUCAGCAAGUUUGGAUCCAUCGGUUAUAAGCAUCGGUACAGUGGCAGGACWGCUUCACAAAUGAGCCGAGACCUUUCUAUUCAACUUCCCCGGCCUGAUCAGAAUGUGUUAAGAAGUCGAAGCAAAACUUACCCUAAGAGAAUAGCACAGACACAGCCAGUUGGAUCAAACAGCAUAAACCGGAUAACUGCAAACCUGGAAAAUGGAGAAACUGAAGGAACAACUAAAAUUAUUGCACCUUCACCAAUAAAAAGCUUUAAGAAAGUAAAGAAUGAAAACAGCCCUGAUACCCAAAGAAACAAAUCUCAAGCACCAUGGGAAGAAAAUGGCCCCCAGAGUGGGCUCUACAACUCUCCCAGUGACCGCACUAAAUCACCAAAGUUCCCCUAUGCGCGGCGUCGAAACCCCUCUUGUGGAAGUGACAAUGACUCUCUGCAGCCAAUGAGGAGAAGGAAAGCCCAUAACAGUGGUGAAGACUCAGAUCUAAAGCAAAGAAGGAGGUCUCGAUCACGCUGUAACACAAGCAGUGGUAGUGAAUCCGAAAAUUCCAAUAGAGAACACCGGAAAAAGAGAAACAGAAUAAGGCAGGAGAACGAUAUGGUUGAUUCAGCGCCUCAGUGGGAAGCCGUGUUAAGGAGACAAAAGGAAAAAAACCAAGCAGACCCCAACAACAGGCGAUCCAGACACAGAUCUCGCUCGAGAAGCCCUGAUAUUCAAGCAAAAGAGGAAUUAUGGAAGCAUAUACAAAAGGAACUCGUGGAUCCCUCUGGAAUGUCAGAAGAGCAAUUGAAAGAGAUCCCAUACACUAAAAUAGAGACUCAGGGUGACCCAGUCCGCAUCAGGCAUUCUCAUUCACCACGAAGCUACCGCCAGUAUCGAAGGUCCCAGUGUUCAGAUGGAGAGCGAUCUGUUCUCUCAGAARUGAAUUCAAAAACAGAUCUUGUACCACCACUUCCAGUGACUCGUUCUUCAGAUGCUCAGGGUUCUGGUGGCUCUACAGUUCAUCAGAGAAGAAAUGGGUCUAAAGACAGCCUGAUUGAAGACAAAUCUCAGACAUCUACAAGCAAUCUAACUGGAAAGCACACAGCAAAAACAAUAAAAACUAUUCAAGCUGCUCGCCUCAAGAUAGAGACAUGAUCCUGGUGAAGGGCCAGGAAUUGGAGUGGGAGGGGUGUUGUGUGCCAUUGGUACUUUGAAACUGUGAAUUUAUUCAAACCUUGCAAGUGUUUCUUCAGCACAAGACCCUUUUAAGGGUCAACUACAGCAUACCUAUGCUGAAGGGCCUUUUAACUGGAAGGAUGGUCUUGUAAAAACUCCAAUUUUCCUUUCUGAAACAGGGUAACAAACUAUCCAGCUCUAUCUUAUGUCUGGUCCACCACCAGAUGCUUCAACYUGGAAUCCUGGCCUGCAGCUGGCUUGCUGUGCAAUAGUAUACCAAGUGGGAGGAAAACAUUAUUCCCAGCUCUUGGUGGUUUUCAGCUUGUGCUGGGGUGCACAAGGACUAAGACAUCACUUUCAAACUGCAAUUUUUACUGAUAUAAAGUUCUUUGUAAUAUUGUAUUUUGUGGCAUUAAGUUCCACUGUUUAUUUACAAAUGUUGUAAAAAGCUUUGUUUUUAAGUGCUGCUUUUAAUUUCAUAAGUGCCCUAGUUGUGUUUUUCUGGAAAAAAAAAUGAGAAAAAGGUUUUAAGUGUGAAUUUCAGUUGUCAUUCCACCUUACUUGCCUCUUUCCUUAGUGAUCUUUUCAACCUAUGGGGAAAAUACAAAUACUCAUCUUCCACCCUUUCUACCUGUACUUUGAAUGCCAUCUCUCCUCAGGAUCCUUGUCUCUGCUUUCUGUAUAUUCUUUUCCUUAUCUUUGCCACCUGGGUUUAAACAUGACUACAACCUAACAGUUCAAUUUUUUUGUGACCACAAAUCUCUCAAACUACAAUUUUUCUUCUCUAUUCUUGGCUAAAUUCUUUGAAGAUGAUCUUCAUCUUCAGUCAGUGCCCUCAAGUCAUCAAAUGCCUAUUUAAAACAAUAUGGAUGCUUCUCCCACCACUCCAAUGAAUCUUCUGUCACUAAUCUCCAAACUUUUAUUCUUAAAACAUGCUCUUCCUUCUGAUGUAAUGCAAUCCUCUUUUGCUUCUACCAUUCUGACCACACUUUACAGUCCUAUACUCUACCUUUCUUUUCAAACCUCAGAUUUAGAGGACCUUUCUCUACUCAGGUUUCAUUUAUWUCCAUGGCCUCAAGAAUCCUGUAGCUUAGCCUCCAGUGUUUUGCUAAGAGGCCAGUUGGAUUUUUCAAAGGCUUCAACUAGCUAAGCACUGGCCCACAACCUAGACUUAGGGCCAUUGUCACAGUGUAAGCCUAACUCAUUAUGGACCUCUAUAUUAUCAAAUCCUGUUUAUUUUGCCCUUUUUAAUACAGUGGUCCAAAUCAGUCAUCUCUUGCCUGGACAACUGUAGUGGCAUGUAAUUGGGCCACUUGCUCUGCACUGUUAUCUUACUGGAUUUUCUUUUCUUGCUUUAAUAAAACACAAGCCUUACAUGAUCUAGUCUAUUUACUACCUCUUUAACCUCAUUUUGUAACAUGCCUAGCUCCUGUAAUAGCCAUCUCACAAGCCUCAUUGAACAUUCAACUCUCKUUUAAACGAGAGUA